UGACGCAGAGGGCGUGUCCUGCUGCGCCGGACCCGGAAGUGAUGUUUAGUCAGCAGACUGACUGGGUGAAAACAACAACAUCAGCUCGGUGUUUUUAUCUGAAUUAGACGGAGCCGCCCUGUAAUAACGGUCCUCUCUCCCGGUAAUAACUGCCCCCUCUCCCGCUGUAAGGGCUCCUAUCUCCCGCUGGAAGGGCUCCUCUCUCCCGCUGUAAGGGCUCCUAUCUCCCGCUGUAAGGGCUCGUUUCUCCCGGAGUUUCCCCGCGGAGGGUGAGCAGGGAGCGGGCAGAUAUGUGGAUCCACCCGGAGGAGGUGCUGCUGGCCGGGCCGCUGUGGGUGUCCGAGCGGGCCAACCCGUUCUUCAUCCUGCAGAGGAGGAGAGGCCACGGCCGCGGGGGGGGGCUCUCCGGUCUGCUGGUGGGGACCCUGGACGUGGUCCUGGACUCCAGUGCCCGUGUGGCCCCCUAUAGGAUCCUGCUCCAGACCGCUGACUCCCAGGUGUUCUGGAGCGUGGCGUGCGGCUCCUCCAGGAAGGAGAUCACGGAGCACUGGGAUUGGCUGGAGGCCAACCUGCUGCAGACCGUCUCCAUCUUCGACAACGACCAGGACGUCACCACCUUCGUCAAAGGGAAGAUCUUGGGCAUCAUCGCGGAGGAGAAGCGUCUGCAGCAGGGCGAGGAGCCAGAGGAGGAUUGUGGGAAGUUUCGGGAGGCGGAGCUGAAGAUGCGGCGGCUGUUUGGGAUGCCUGAAGAAGAGAAGCUGGUCAACUAUUACUCGUGCAGCUUCUGGAAGGGCCGCGUGCCGCGGCAGGGCUGGCUCUACCUGUCCAUCAACCACCUCUGCUUCUACUCCUUCCUGCUGGGGAAGGAAGUGACCCUGGUGGUCCAGUGGAGCGAGGUGACCCGUCUGGAGAAGAACGCCACGCUGGUUUUCCCGGAGAGCGUGCGUGUGAGCACGCGUCACAGCGAGCACUUCUUCUCCAUGUUCAUCAACAUCAACGAUACCUUCCGUCUGAUGGAGCAGCUCGCCAACAUCGCCAUGCGCCAGCUGCUGGACAACGAGGCCUUCGCCGCCGACCGCUCGCUGCCCAAAGCCUGCAAGACGCUGAGGAACGUCUCCGCGCUCAAGAGGGAUCUGGACGCGCGGGCGAAGAACGAGCGGUACCGGGCCAUGUUCCGGCUGACCCAGGACGAGCGUCUGGACGGACACACGGACUGCACGCUGUGGACGCCGUUCGCCAAGAUGCACGUGGUGGGACAGCUGUUCAUCUCCAACAACUACGUCUGUUUCAACAGCCGGGAGGAGGACCUCUGUCAGCUGAUCAUCCCCCUCAGAGAGGUGUCCAUCGUGGAGAAGGCCGACAGCAGCAGCGUCUUGCCGUGUCCCGUCUCCAUCAGCACCAAGAACAAGAUGAACUUCCUGUUCGCCAACCUCCGAGACAGAGACUUCCUGGUCCAACGCAUCUCCGACUUCCUGCAGCGAACCCCCGACAGUUGCUGGGGCGACAGCAGCCCACUGGCUCUGAUUGGUCACUCGGCGUCCUCCAGCGUUCCCUCGCCCUCGUCUGCAGGCUCUGACUCCACCCACAGGGGGCGCCACUUCCACCCCGGCCUGCCCACAGCCAGCCAGGGUCUGCUGCAGCUCUACCAGCAGGACGCGCCCGAGGACCUCGGCCCCAAAGCCAUGAAGGAGAAGAUGAAGGAGGAGGCGUGGAACAUCCAUUUCUCUGAGUUUGGUCGCGGUGUCUGCAUGUACCGGACCUCCAGAACCAGAGAACUCGUUCUGAACGGGAUUCCUGAAUGCCUGAGAGGAGAACUGUGGCUGCUCUUCUCUGGCGCCCAGAACGAGAUGGCGAGCCACCCUGGUUACUAUGGCGACCUGGUGGAGACGGCCAUGGGCGUGUGCUCGCUGGCGACGGAGGAGAUCGAGCGCGACCUCCACCGCUCGAUGCCCGAGCACCGCGCCUUCCAGAACGCCACGGGCAUCGCCGCGCUGCGCCGCGUGCUCACGGCCUACGCCCACCGCAACCCAGGCAUCGGCUACUGCCAGGCGAUGAACAUCGUGACCUCGGUGCUGCUGCUCUACUGUCCCGAGGAGGAGGCCUUCUGGCUGCUGGUGGCGCUGUGUGAGCGCAUGCUGCCGGACUACUACAAUACCAGGGUCGUAGGGGCCCUGGUGGAUCAGGGUGUGUUUGAGGAUCUGACUCAGGGCUUCCUGCCUCUGCUGUACGAACACAUGCAGCAGCUGGGAGUCAUCUCCACCAUAAGCCUGUCGUGGUUCCUCACGCUCUUCCUGUCCGUCAUGCCCUUCGACAGCGCCGUCCUAUUGGUCGACUGCUUCUUCUACGAAGGCAUCAAACUCAUCUUCCAGGUGGCUCUGGCGGUGCUCCAUGACAACAUGGACGCCCUGCUGUCCUGCAGCGACGAGGGAGAAGCCAUGACCAUCCUGGGCCGGUACCUGGAUAACGUUGUGAACAAACAGACUGUAGCUCCGCCCAUCCCUCACCUCCACGCCCUGCUGACCAGCGGAGACUCGCCUCCUCCUGAGAUCGACGUCUUUGACCUCAUCAAGUCCUCCUACGAGCGGUUCGGCAGCCUGCGCUCUGAUGUCAUCGAGCAGAUGAGGUUCAAGCAGAGGUUAAAGGUCAUCCAGUCUCUGGAGGACACGGCCAAGAGGAGCGUGGUCAGAGCGAUGAUGACAGAGUCAGCGUUCAGUAUUGAGGAGCUGGAGGAGCUCUACUGUCUCUUUAAGGCCCAGCACAUGACCAGCUGUUACUGGGGCUCCAGUAGCUCUGCGGCGGAGCGCCAUGACCCGAGCCUGCCGUACCUGGAGCAGUACCGCAUCGACCCGGCCCAGUUCCUCCAGCUGUUCACGGCGCUGGCGCCCUGGCUCUGUGGAGGCCACACCCCCUCGCUGGCAGCCCGGCUCUUCAGACUGCUGGACCAGAACCAGGACGGGCUGGUCAACUUCAAGGAGUUCAUCACCGGGCUCAGUGGGAUGUGUCAUGGAGACAUGACGGAGAAACUCAAACUGUUGUACAAGCUGCACCUGCCCCCAGCUCUGUGUGCUGAGGAGGCGGAGUCAGCGCUGGAGGCGACACACUUCUUCACUGAAGACGAACCGCGCAAAACCUCCUUCCUGUCUAAUCUGGACAUUUCGGGGCAGCAGGAAGUGACAUCAGGUGAGGAGGGGAAGGAUGAAGGUGCAGACAGCGAGGAGAAGAAAGAUGUCCAGGUGAAGGACUACAGGUACUACCUGAGGAUGUGGGCCAAAGAGAAGGAGCAGAAGACAGAGACCAUCAAAGACCUGCCCAGGAUGAACCAGGAGCAGUUCAUCGAGCUGUGUAAGACCCUGUAUAACAUGUUCAGUGAGGAGCGAGAGGAGCAGCAGCUGUACCACGCCAUCGCCACCGUGGCCAGCCUGCUGCUGCGCAUCGGUGAGGUCGGCAAGAAGUUCAACAACGGGGGGGGCAGGAAGACGGAGGCUGCUCAGGCUCCUCCCACCGCAUCUCAGACUCCGCCCGCCGUAUCACAGGCUCCGUCCACCACAUAUCUGACUCCGCCCACAAUAUACCAGGCUCCGCCCACCGACACACAGUCCCCGUCCCCUGUCGACCUUCAGGCCCCGCCCCCUGACGACCCUGAGGCCCCGCCCCCUGACGCUCUGUGCCGGGCGCUGGCUGAGGCCCAGCUGGAGCCGGCGGCGGGGUCAGACGAGGAGGCGCGAGACGACGGCUCGGUGUCGUCCUACUCCGUGGUGAGCGCCAGCUCGCUGGCGUGCGAGGACCUCGCCGACGACACGGUGCUGGUGGGCGGCGGCCAACAGAGGCCCGGCAGCGGGCUGGAUGCUGAUUGGUCGAUCAGCUUCGAGCAGGUGCUGGCCUCGCUGCUGACGGAGCCGCCGCUCGUCGACUACUUCGAGAAAAAGACAGACGUACGCGACAAGAUGGCCGCCUGCAACGCCAAGAGGGCGGUACAGCGGCAGAUAAGCUCCGCCUCCGAACAGGAAAUCACCCAGCAUUCCACCUGAGUCACUUAACUGUCUGUCUGCCUGUCUCACUGUCUGUCUCUCUCUGUCUGUCUCACUGUCUGUCUCUGUCUGUUUGUCUCACCUGU